AUCUAUUUCAAAUUUUCUUUUCCAGAUGAGGGUGAACUUCAAAACCAUUUUGGCAACCACUGUAGUUGUAAGUUGCAUAUCCGCGGCUAUUCAGCUACACCCUUCUGAAUUCAACUUCAUUUCUGAGCAAAUUCUGACGAAAAUCUGGUUGUGGUGCUGAAUGACGCUUCAUUAUCACUCUGCAAAGGAUUUGGGUUACAACGACAUCUAUAACUCAUGUAAGUUCCAAAAUUUUCAUUCUUGUUAUAAGCUUCCAUGGUUUUCUUUAGGAUUUAAUGGUUUUCAUCGUCAGAGUUCAUUAAAAACAGUGCUAUUUAUCGAUAAUUCUGCUUCAUUUCAUGAUUAUCCUAGGCAAAUCUUAUCUGGGUCAAGGUUUAUUUUAGGGUUUAAGCUUCAAUGUGUUUCAAACACAUCGAUUUUACCCUCGAAAACCCUCGUUUUUCAUAAUGGGAAGAAGAAGAGAUAUGGGGGUAUAUUACCCUCAGUUUUGAAGUCUUUAGAAUCUGAAGAUGAUUUAGAGAAAACCCUUGAUUGUUAUGUGGGUAAAUUAAGCCCCAAAGAACAGACUGUUAUACUGAAAGAACAAAGGAAUUGGGAGAGAGUUUUGAGAAUUUUUUAUUGGAUGAUAUUACAAAAGGAUUAUAUCCCUAAUGUUAUUCAUUAUAAUGUGGUGUUACAAAAGCUUGGACGAGCACAAAGAUGGGAUGAAUUGAGGCGAUGUUGGAUUCAAAUGGCAAGUGAUAAGGUUCUGCCUAGUAAUAAUACUUAUAGUAUGCUUGUUGAUGUAUAUGGUAAAGCUGGUCUUGUUGAAGAAUCUCUUAUGUGGAUUAAGCAUAUGAAGGCACGAGGAAUUUUCCCGGAUGAGGUAACUAUGAGCACCAUUGUUAAGGUGCUUAAAGAUGCCGGGGAAUUCGAUAGGGCUGAUGGAUUUUAUAGAGAUUGGUGUGAUGGAAAGAUAGAUUUGGAGGGUUUAGAUUUGGGUGAUGUACAUGAAUUUCAAUCACAAUCUAAGUUGAAAUCGAUUAGUUUAAAGCAUUUUUUGUCUACCGAGUUGUUUAAGAUAGGGGGUAGGUACUUUACUUCGAACAAGGAUAUUGUAGAGACGGAACAUACUGCUAGAAAGCCUCGGCUUUCAGCGACGUAUAACACGUUGAUUGAUUUAUAUGGAAAAGCUGGUCGUUUGAACGAUGCAGCCGAUGUGUUUUCAGAGAUGCUUAAGUCUGGGGUGGCACCUGAUAUAAUUACAUUUAAUACUCUCAUUCAUAUUUGUGGGAGUCAUGGCCAUUUGUUGGAGGCUGAAGCUUUGCUCGAAAAGAUGGAGGAAAGGGGAAUCUCACCCGAUACGAAAACUUAUAAUACUUUACUUUCCCUUCAUGCUCAAGCCGAAGAUAUUGAUGCUGCCUUGCAAUGGUAUCGGAAAAUUCGAAAGGUUAAACUUUUCCCGGAUGUGGUUACGCAAAGAGCUGUACUCCAUAUGCUGUGUGAGAAGCAGAUGGUUAGUGAAGCUGAAGCUGUGAUUCGAGAGAUGGCGAUGUACGAUAAAUGUAUUGAUGAGCAUUCUGUGCCUAGUAUUGUUAAGAUGUAUGUAAAUGAGGGAUUGCUUGAGCAGGCUAGAAUCUUUCUCGAGAAGUACAUGUCGGGUGGAGGAUUGUCGUCGAAGACUUAUGCAGCAGUUAUGGAUGUGUAUGCCGAGAAAGGUAUGUGGGCUGAAGCUGAGGGCGUUUUCUAUACAAAGAGGGACGUAAAGGGAGCAAAGAAGGAUGUUUCGGAAUAUAAUGUGCUGAUCAAAGCAUUUGGCAAGGCGAGGCUUUAUGAGAAGGCCUUCUCAGUCUAUAAGAGCAUGAGGAAUAUCGGAACUUGGCCAGACGAUUGCACAUAUAAUUCACUUAUACAAAUGUUUUUAGGAGGGGAUUUGUUGGAUCAAGCUAAGGAAAUUUUGACACAGAUGAAGGAAGCUGGAUUGAAGCCGCAUAUGCAGACGUAUUCUUCUAUGAUUGCUAGCUUUGUACGUUUAGGCGUGUUAUCUGAUGCUAUCGCUACCUUCCGACAAAUGGUGAAGGAUGGAUAUAAACCAAAUGAAAUCGUUUAUGGGGCUUUGAUCAAUGGCUUUGCCGAAGCCGGAAGAAUCAAAGAAGCAUUAAACUACUACCAGAUGAUGGGUGAUGAUGGAAUUCCCGUAAAUCAGAUAAUCUUGACUUCCCUUAUUAAAGCGUAUAGUAGGGGAGGCCUCGUAGAGGGGGCUAAAGAAAUGUACACGUUAGUGAAAGAAUUGGAGGGUGGUCCUGAUGUAGUCGCUUCAAAUAGUAUGAUCAGUUUAUAUGCUGAUCUCGGAAUAGUUUCCGAGGCCAAGGUAAUAUUCGAUGAUUUGCGAUUAAAAGGAUUAGCAGACGGCAUUACUUUUGCGUCCAUGAUGAACUUGUACAAGAACAUGGGCAUGCUUGACGAAGCUGCAGAAGUUGCCGAAGAAAUGAUACAGGCUGGUCUACUCAAAGACUGCCCGUCGUAUUCCAAGGUAAUGGCGUGCUAUGCUGCGAAUGGGCAGCUAGCAAGUUGCGGAGAGUUGCUAUACGAGAUGAUAACCCGAAAAAUCUUGCCUGAUUCCGGGACUUUCAAAGUGUUAUUCACAGUACUGAAAAAGGGUGGGAUACCAAGUGAAGCAAUCCUGCAGCUCAAAACGUCUUUCCAAGACGGGAAGCCUUACGCAAGGCAAGCAGUCAUAGCGUGCGUUUACUCUGUUGUCGGGUUGCAUUCUCAUGCUAUUGAAUCGUUAAAAGCAUUUGCAGACGCGGUAUACCUUGAUGCGUUCGUGUAUAACGCAGCAAUGUAUGUUUACGGAGCAUGUGGACAAACUGAUAAGGCGUUGAAUCAGUUCAUGAAGAUGCAAGACAAAGGGUUAGAACCUGAUGUUGUUACGUAUAUUAAUCUCGUAAACUGCUAUGGAAAAUCGAACAUGGUCGAAGGAGUAAAGCGGAUUUAUGGUCAGCUAAAAUAUCAAGAUAUGGAAGCCAACGAAUCUUUACUGAAUGCCAUUUUGAAUGCUUAUAGAAAUGCAAACAGGCCUGAUCUUGCUGAACUGGUUAGUCAAGAGAUGAAAUUUGGGUUCGACUUGAAUCGAUACUCGGAGUCUGAACCGGAGAUGGAUUCCGGGGAUGAAACUUGAGAUAACCAUAGCUUGGAAUGUUUUGUGGAUGUACUUAUUAUCUUGGAUGAUAUCUUUAGAAUGGUGUAAAAAUGUUUAGUAAGGUAGUGUGAUUAGACUUGCAGUCUUAUAAAAGAGAGAAAACACUGAUGUACUGUCAAAUUGACUGCUACAAAUGAACUUGAUAGUUGAGUUUCUUCCGUUGAUUUUAUUUGUAAAUUUGGAAUUGGUUUAAAUUUCUUGACAAAUAAUAAAACUAAAUAAAUUUAGAUUUUA